GGGCGAUUAAAAAUCUUUCAUUCAACUAAACUUAUUUUAUAAAUAUGAAAUCAGUGGGUACACUUCGUAGAAAGGGUUUAGGAGGAGCUGAACAUUUUAUGAAAAAAGAUAAACAUAAACAAAAUUCGACUCAUAAUUCUUCUAAUUCAUCUCCUAAUACAACUUCAUCAAGUACUUAUUCACAUAAUUCAGUUAGUCAUCAAUCACCCAAACAACCUGUAACUUCGAAAACAACUUCAUCUGCCCCCAUCACAGUUGAUUUACAUCGUUUUGCAGACGACAAUUUACAACCUGAAGAAUUCGUUCGUAGAACUUUAGGCGAUGCUCAGGAGGAUUCUAUCCGAAGUUUCUACAAAUCGUUAUUAGAUGCUAAACAUCUCGUGGGAGGUGAUCUUCAACGAAAUGUAUACCGUAAUUAUACAGAAUUUGUUUCCAUUUCAAAAGAGAUUUCCAAUUUAGAUGCAGAUGUAUUGAAUAUAAAGGAACAUCUUAACGAACUAAAGUCAAUCUGGGAAAGCUUUUUAUCUACAGCUAACUCUUCUGACAUGAAUAAAGGAUCAGGCCCUUCUGGAUCCAUUUUUACUUCUUCUUCUAACAACAACACGAAUAAUAGAAAGAAAAAUGAAUUAAUGACUACUGAUAUAAAUAGUACAUAUAGAGCACAAAUUAUGGCAUUGUGGGAUAACGUAGAAGGAUCACAACGUUUCAUUCCUCAUGCAAAAGAUCGAUAUAUUGUGCAAGAAUGUGUCAACUUUCAUGAUAUUAACCCAAGAACGUUACAGCCUCGACAGACUGUUCAUUUAUAUUUACUAAAUGAUUGUUUAUUAUUAGCGCGUAAGAGAGGACAGAAACUGAUAGCUGAUGAUUGUUGGAAGAUUCAAGAUAUAAAUAUUGUUGAUGUUAAAGAUUCAUCAGAUUUAAUAAAUGCGUUAAGAAUUGUCGUAUACCCUGAAACCUUUAUUUAUCAAGCAGAAAGGCAGGAAGAUAAAGUUGGCUUCUUAAAUGCUUAUAAGCGAUUAAUAGAUGAUAAUGACGAUAGACAGACAGAUACUCCUCAAUCAGCGGAUAUAAGAAAGAUUCCUGAUUACAACAGUCUUCAUCCUGAUAAAGAAAAAUGGCUUGAGGAUUUAUCAGAUCAAUUAGAAGUUAUGAUUGCAUUAAGAGAAUUUGAAAAAAGUGUUGCUUAUUUAGAGACAGCUCGACAAAUUGUUAGUUCUUCACCCAAUUCAUUACCCAUCGUAAGAGAAGCAAAAGAGCAUAUAAAUGAUUACACGGAUAUGUUAUGCGAUAUUAUUAGUAGAGAUCUUAGCAACACUCUAUUGACUAAAAUACAAUUUCAAAGAUAUGUUAAUUGGUUAUUGAGACUUAAUAAAAGUGAAAAGGCGCGUCAAGUAUUUUUAAGUACACGAACAUCGAUCAUUAAAAAGAGAAUUAGACAACUCGUAUUUGAAGGUGAUAUUACAACUUAUAUUAGUGAGUUGGCACUUGUUGUUUUUACUUUGAUAAGAAAUACAUGUGAAUGGUAUAGAGAUUCAUUCAAGCAAAAUGAAAUGGCCUCAGGUUUCAUUACAUGGGUAAGGGAACAAACGGAAAUUUACGCAGACAUUUAUAAACGUCAAGUAUUCGGACAAGGCCAGCUUAGCUGUCAAAUUAUUGCUGAUUGUUUCAAAUCAACAUUAGAGCAUUGUUCUAUGCUUCGUAAAGUUGGUUUAGAUUUAAAGUUUUUAUUAGAAGAUUUAUUCGUGACCAACGUAAAAGAAACUAUUAUUGCUUAUGAAAGCAGAAACAUAGAAAAAAUUGAAAAGAUAAUUCAAAAUGAUAAUUUCCACGUCGUAUCUGGUCAAGGUCUAGGUAAUGAUGUUCAAGUUACAUCGAGCGUUAUCAGCUUUUAUAAUCUUUUGGUCAAGUUUUCAAAUGAUAUUUGUUUAUUAUCAAAUUUACAAUUAUAUUCCACUGUAGUUAAUAGCAUCUGUAAAUUAACCGAGCAUUAUCUAAGAUCUAUGGUGACUGAGUCAGACAAGAAAGAAUUAACCAAGGAACAGAAAACAAUUGCAACUAUGAAUGUAUCAUUUAUUCUUGAUAAUGUUGUACCUAGAAUAUCUUCACAAUUAAACUAUCAUUUUAAUCGACCUAUACCAGAAUUAGAUACUUUAAGAGCAAGACUUCGAGAAUUAUCUUAUAAAAACAACUAUUGAUGAAAUCAAAUGUGAAACCAGCGAAAUCCUUUUUUUUUUCUGAGUCUUUAUUAAUAGAAAAAAAAUAUUUCUCCUUUCUCUCCUUUUUCUCUGUACUUUAC